CUCAACCAACUUCCAGUUGUGGUUGGUCAUCAAAAAUNUAUUCACCCCCCCUCUAGCGUUGGUCUAUUAUUCUAACAAUUGGUAUCAGAGCCUAACUCGCGUCCAAACUUAACCGUUUGAGAGUAAAGCGAUCAUGGGUUCUUCUUCUAGAAAUCUUUAUGCAGGAAUUGGAGAAGGUCAAUCAACCUCUAGGCCACCGCUUUUUGAUGGCACCAACUACACAUAUUGGAAAGAGCGGAUGAGAAUUUAUAUCCGCUCAACCAACUUCCAGUUGUGGUUGGUCAUCAAAAAUGGCGAAGAAACCACAAUGAAGAAGGUCGGUGAAAAACUUGUCCCAAAGACCGAGGACGAAUUUGAUGCCAAAGAUAUCAAAAAGGUGGAGAACUACGCCAAGGCAAUCAACAUGCCGUACUGCGUGGUCAACCCCGAUGAUUAUCGCAAGAUCUCUUGCUGCACCACCGCCAAAGAAAUGUGGGACAAGCUGGAGGUUACAUAUGAAGGUACGGACCAAGUUCGGGAAACCAAAAUUGACUUCCUAACGCAGGAGUACGAAAUGUUUAUGAUGAAGGAAGGCGAAAAGAUCGAUGACAUGUUCGAUCGGUUCUCAAAGAUCAUCAACGACCUUCAUGCUCUAAAAAAGACUUACGCCAACAAGGAUCUCGUGAGGAAAAUCCUGCGGAGUCUCACGCCUGAAUGGAGAUCAAAGGCUGAUGCAAUCUACGAAUCCAUCGGAGUCUCCAACGUCACCAUCGACGGGCUAAGAGGUAACCUCAAAACUUAUGAAGAGAAAGAUCACUGAGGAGGAGGAGUAGAGGAAGAUGGAUCGUCGCCCUCAGGAGAACGGGGAGUGAGCCCAAUGUGCACAUCCGAAUGGAAGCCAGUGAAAAUAUUCUGAAGCUGAGUAAAGCUCUCAGCCUGGG